AUGGCAUCCCAUCUGUCUGGUGUAGCUAAAACAGCUACUGGUAUCGAACAGACAACAAUCACCGGCCCAACCAAUACCAGCAAACCCCAUCUUGUUUUUGGUGCAACUCCUGUGGACGGCCACACGUACCCCUUGAUUCGAAUCGCAGAAGAUCUCGUCCAGCGUGGCUUCGAGAUCACUUUCAUCGCCGGCGACCAAUUCGAAAAAUCAAUCACAGACGCCGGUGCUCGACAUGUUACCGUCCCACCUCUAGUGAGCCCCAAGCUUAUGGCAGAGCGUGAGGCUAUCCCCGCCGGCAUUCCUCGACUUCUUUAUGAUAUCAGACAUAUCUUCACUGGACAAACCCCUGAGCGCUGGAGGAUCCUCAAUGGAGUUCUUGAGGGCAUCAGAGCUGAGGACCCAGAGAGGGAAGUGGUUGUUAUGCCAGAGACGUGCUUCAUGGGUGCCAAUCCUAUCUCUCUCGGUGGGCCUCUCCCCAAAGGAUACACCAAGCGGCCCAAGGUAAUCAACUUGAAUCCUAUUCCUUACAUGGCUACCAGCAUCGACACUGCGCCUUUUGGUCCGGGUCUUCCUCCUGACUCAACGGAAUCUGGCCGUGCGAGGAAUCAAUUCAUGAACCAGAUGAUGGUUGGUGGACCUUUUGCUGAUGUUAUCGCCCAUCAGGAAGAGGUUCUCAAGAAUCUUGGCGCCACUGAGAUUCUAGAGCCUCAGAUUCCUUUUCACCAUUGGAUGCUCAUGCAUGAUCUUUCGAUCCAAAUGUGUCCUCCCAGUCUCGAGUACUCUCGAUCUGAUGUGCCAUCCAACGUCAAGUUUUCAGGUUGCGCAACACCCGAACCUAUUCCUGCGGAUUUUAACUAUCCUUCUUGGUGGGAUGAUGUAAAGCGUGGUGACCGACCUAUCAUUGCUGUAACCCAGGGAACCAUUGCUCGCGACGCAACCAAUCUUAUCAUUCCUACUAUCGAUGCGCUUUCUGACCGCGAUGACCUCCUCGUGGUAGCAAUCCUCGGGCAAAGGGGUGCUUUUCUCCCUGACGACAUCCCUAUUCCUUCCAACACCCGCGUCAUCGAUUACCUCCCCUACGACGCUCUCUUACCUCAUGCUUCAGUGUUUGUCAUGAAUGCUGGAUAUGGUGGCUUUCUUCAUGGAGUAACUAACGGUGUUCCUUUGGUUCUUGCAGGUGAGACCGAGGACAAACCGGAGAUUGCAAUGCGCGGAGAGUGGAGUGGUGUUGCGGUCAACUUGAAGACGGGUAGGCCUACACCUGAUAUGGUACGGUUAGGUGUCGAGCGUGUUUUGGGAGAUGAUAGCUUCAAGAAGAGGGUUGAUGAGAUCAAGGCCGAGAAUGAAGCAAUGAAAUUCUUUGACUUUAUCGAGGAGCAGGUUCUCUCUGUUGAAAGCUUUGAGGCAUGA